UGGAAACGAAACUCAAGUCCCUCAAAGUAGUAGAGCUGAAGGAGGUCUUGUCGAACGCCCAACAGACAGCUCCAACCAAGGCGACGAAGAGCGACUUGAUUGCCCGGAUAAUUGCAAGCAAAGAAGCUACGGAUGCAUAUUACGCUAAAUAUGCACCCAAAGACGACCUCUUGGCACCUCCAGAAGAAUUGGAUUGGGAUGAACCCAGCAAUGGGCCGGACACCACAACAGCAGCCGUACCAGAGAAACAGGCCGCUGUAGCGAAACCCCCCAUCGCGAAACCCGCUAAUGUGAAGCCCAUUUCUGUGCCCGAAACUCCUGCAACACACGUCGCUAUUCCUACUCCCGCCAAUGCAGAGCCUGCCCCUGCUGUCGAGCCUACCAUUUCUUCAUCCAUCAUCGACGCAGAGUUGGAGAAGAGAAAAAUCCGCGCUGAGAGAUUCAACAUCCCUUUAGUAGAGGUGAAGGCACCGGUGAUUAAGACGCCCGCGGUCAAGGAGAACAAAGCAGCCCCCGUCAAUGCGCGCAGCAAGAAGAUGCCUUCAACAGAGGAACAAGAAAAGCUCCAGGCGCGUUCGGCCCGCUUCGGAGUGGGGCAAAAGCGCCCGGCCCCGGUUGCUGAGGAGGUUGAUGCGGAAGAGCAGGUGCGACGUCAAAAGAGGGCGGAACGUUUUGGGACGGGAGUAGCGGCCAAGGCGACGUGAGAUCACGGUCAGUUCUUGAAUCAGUGUGUCCUGUCCAUCCCCGCAUCCUGGGGCAAAGCCCAUCACACUCUUGUAUAUAACAGUCACAAAUUCGUAUACUUUGUUUCUCGCCAUGACUUCGAGACCGAAACGCCAGACUAUAUAUGGGGAAACGUACACUGUACUCGACGAGCCCCUCGUAACAACCGAACUCGUUCGCCUGACCAAUCCACGGACACUCCUCGGCUCAGACAUCGUCGAACUCCAGCCGUGCACUACGCCCUCCGAGCGCUCGCAGGAUCGCUUCGUCGUUCGUGAAUGGCCCCUUCCGAAUGGCUUGUGGAAGUUCCAGGCCAUCUUUGAUGGCCAUGCUGGUCACGAGACCGUCGAUUACGUCGUUGAUGCCGUCCCCGACGCGAUACACGAAGCGCUUGUGGGUGCACUGGCUGUGGAUGAGGCCCCCGACAUUUCCGAUCUUCUGCGCGUUGCCAUUUCUGGCGUAGACGACCAGAUCAAACAGGAGUUUUUGGACCUGUUCCCUGGCGGCCCGGAUGGCCUAUCGUCAAUGUCAGACGAGGAGAUCGACGUCAUCAUCAACGAGGAUGAGACGAGCGCCCUCAAGGUUAUACGGUGUAUGCGUGGAACGACAGCUCUGGUCGUGCUAAUCAGUCCUUCUCUGGACGUCUACGUGGCAAGCUUGGGAGAUUGUCAGGCGGUGCUUGGCUACCAAAGCAAAUCGGGAGAAUGGACUUCGCGCGUAUUGAGCUCCAAUCAUAACGGAAGCGACGCUGCCGAAGCCAGUCGUAUUAGGAGCGAGCAUCCCGGAGAAGAAUCUUCCUGUGUGUUAAGGGACCGUGUUCUCGGCGCAAUCGCAGUAACUCGAGCUCUGGGCGACUUUGUGUUCAAGCUGCCGGCCAUUUAUACCACACGAAUCUUUCUGCAGGCUCGGUCUGGGUUCCAGAUCCGAACCAAAAUCCAGGAUUUCAUUCAGCGAAAUCUCACUCCUCCUUAUUUGUCUGCUGUACCAGACGUUCAGCAUAUCUCCUUGCCAGCUCUGGAAGCUUCCGAAGCCUUUUUGCUGCUGACUUCGGAUGGGUUGAUUGAUCUGUCAGGAGAUACUUAUGGAAAUGACCAUCGAGACCCACAGCUCGCGAGCAAGAAGUGGCUGCAAUCUUUGACACGCGCAACUCGACCGCAGCAGGACAAUGCAGCCUUGUAUUUGCUGAGAGAUGUCAUGGGGUGGGAGCCAGAUCCGUUGUCCUCGCUCCUUGCUGUCGAGUCCAAAUCAAAGUGGAUGGACGAUGUUACGGUCAUAUACACGCCGUUGCUGUCUAGCCCAUAACUUAUAUCUACAUACUGUUGGAAAACGUGGCAAUAUAAUGUUACGCCAGAGAAUGCGAGAUCAUACCGUAAUGUGAC